ACUUUUUAUAGGUUGUUUAAUUUUGCAAAUUCUAUUGUAAUUAACGUUUCAAUUUGUAAAUCAAUUGUAAUAUGUAAAAAUAUACACCCUUACCCCUUCUAUAUCUAAAGAUAAAUUGACGCGCUUUAGCGGAAAGUCGUGUACAGUUAAUUUUAUGUAGGAUGUAUAGUAUUAAUUUUCUUCAUUUGACGAUGGUCCCGCGUCCCGCGUAACAUCACGGCUAGUUUGGAAGUGAUUUAUUAUAUUGUUAUUAAUUAGUAAUUAUUGACUAUUAGGUUAAUUAUGAUAUUUCAUCGAACAUUGUGUUUGCCUUCGAAAACACAAUGGACUCAUUUGAUGAUGAUAUGUUUGCGCUUAGUGAUGAGGAGUUACCGAUACCGACAUCAGCUUGUAAUCCCAUAGAAGAGUAUUUAAUGAAACAACUUUCCAGUGUACAGACUCGUAUUGAGAAAACUACCAGUGAUAUUAAAGAAAUUCAGGAUACAACGAAACGUAUUUUAAAAUCUUUGUACAGCGAAGCUCAGUAUGGAGAGAAUGUAACCUCGGAUUCUGAUAGUGACUUGUAUACCAUAGAUGGAACACCAGUGGUAAAGAAGAAAAAACAUAAUGAUCAUAAGCCUGAAAGAAUCUUAGUUAUAAAGAAUAAAUGGAAACGUAUUCUAUCAGAUCAAUGGAUUAUUGGCAUAGUACUAGAGAACAGUUCAAAUGAGACAUUAAAUAACAUCGAAUGUUACAUGACCAUCGAUGGAGUCGAGGAAAUUGGUGGCUUGUCAAUGUUUUGGUGUCUGAUGGAUGGACCAUUUUGGUACAGAACGAAUAAGAUUCAAUCGCAUAAAGAAGUUGUAGCUACGAUUGUUUUUGAUUUACCGAAAUUUGAUAAGGAUUCCUUUUGUGACGCUUAUGGUACGAUUGCGUACGAAAUCAAUGAGAAGCAGUAUCAAACACCGGUACCUGAGAUUCGUCUUUGUGUCGAAGAAACGGUCGAUAAUAGUUGCGGAAUAAAAUUUUCGACCGACUUUAAUUACAGUAUUCUAGCUUUAAAAAGUGUAUCGAUUGAGAGAAUUGUUGGUGUCAAAAUCGAAGGAAAUCUCGAGAGAGGAGAACGUCUUUUAGGAUUCUUAGAAAAAAACUAUUUCUUAGAAAUCUGUGCCGAUGUUUACGUAGCCAACGCAACCGGAAGCUUGAUGCACUGUUUAAUCGAGAUACUGCCUAUUGUCAAUGGAGAAGCAAGGCUGAAAAUCUUUUCAAGAUCGGCUUAUCAGAUGAAUAUAAUAUUACGGCUUCUACGAGAUCAAUUUCCAGACAUAAGUCUCCCGGAUAACGAUAAUUCCAUCUAUGCAGCGAUGGUUCUUGUAGAAGAAUUGAAAUUACAUCUUAAAGAUGCAAGCAUCGCCGAACGGCAGAUGGCGAGAAUAAGAACCGAUCUGCUUAUCUCGUGAAUACGAUAAAACAGAUUUCAUCCAACGCGAAAGUUAAUUAUAAAUUUUCUAAUUGAAAUUAUUUGCAUAGUAAAAAGUUAUCGAAGUACAUACGUGCAAAUCAACCUACGCUUAUUGAGAUUUAUCGGAUAGGAACUAUGUAUGGAUAUGUAUAUAUGUAUGCGUUGUAUAUAUUAUAUACAGAUUAUA